AACGCUUUGAGACAGAGAGAAAGAGAGUGUGAAGAAGCGAGCAUGGAGAAAGGCGUUAAGCUUCGAUGCCAACGAAUCGGCUGCGAUGCCAAGUUCACAGAGGAUGAUAAUCCUGAGGGUUCUUGCACAUAUCAUGAUGCCGUACCUAUAUUUCAUGAUGGUAUGAAAGAGUGGAGCUGUUGCAAGCAAAAAAGCCAUGAUUUCAGCUUAUUUUUAGAGCUUCCAGGAUGUAAGACAGGCAAACACACAACUGAGAAAUCAGAGAUAACAAAGGCUGCAACAAGGAAGCCAAUUCCUGCUGCAACUCCAUCCAAUAAUGCACCAUCAAAAAUUGAAUGUUCGAGAUGUCGACAGGGCUUCUUUUGCUCAGAUCAUGGUUCACAAGCUAUAGAGGUGAAAUUGAAACCUUGCAAUGCAGUAGAUGUGCCUGUUGAGAGAAGUGCAGAUGUUCAGACUCCAGCUCCAGUGAAGAAGAUAGUUGAUAUUAACCAGCCCCAGACAUGCAGGAACAAGGGGUGCGGAAAAACCUUCAAAGAAAAGGAUAACCAUGAUACUGCAUGCAGUUACCAUCCUGGCCCAGCGGUUUUCCAUGACAGAGUGAGAGGGUGGAAAUGCUGUGACAUUCAUGUGAAGGAAUUUGACGAGUUUAUGAACAUACCUCCAUGCACCAAAGGGUGGCAUAAUGCUGAUCCAGUGUCAUGACUCGUAAGCACAGCUCAAACUAGGAGGGUGAGGUAGCAAUUAUUCUCUCUUUGGCUCCUGUUCUGUGCACACCAUUAUAACUUAUCAAUUUUGUCUAGCAUAUAUAUUUCGAAACAUCUGUCAAUCUGGUUUAUGUAUGAUUU